AUGGCGGCGGCGGCCCCCAACCCGGAGGACUCAACCCGGAGUAGCGGCGGCGGCGCUACAGUUUGCGGCGCUCCAAGCUCCCUGGCCGCGGACGGCGACGCGGAAGAGGCCGAAGACUUCGCGUCGUCCCCCCAUUGCUCGGAGCUGUCGCGGCGGCAGAACGAGCAACGCAAACAGGGCAUGUUCUGCGACGUCACCCUGGCUUUCAGUAGCGGCGCGGCGGCAGGCGGCCACCAGACGUGCGAGUUCGCGGCCCAUCGCUCGGUCUUGGCCGCCGCCACCGACUACUUCACGCCGCUGCUGGGCGGCCACUUCUCCGAGUCGCUCUCCGGCCGCGUCGACAUGAAGGAGUGGAGCUCCGAAACGGGGCCCGAUCCCGAGACUGUGGAGAGCGUCAUCCAGUACAUGUACACGGGGGAAAUUCGCGUCAGCACCUGCAACGUGCACGAAGUCCUGGAGCUGGCUGACAGAUUCCUAUUGGUGCAACUGAAGGAGUUCUGCGGCGAGUUCCUGAAGAAGAAGCUGAGCCUGAGCAACUGCAUGGCGGUGCACAGCCUGGCGCACAUGUACACGCUGGACCAGUUAGCCUUGCGGGCGGCCGACAUGAUUCGCCGCAACUUCCAUAAGGUGAUUCAGGACGAGGAAUUCUACACGCUGCCGUUCCACCUGGUGCGCUACUGGCUGUCGGAUGACGAGAUCACGGUGGACUCUGAAGAGGUGCUCUUCGAGGCGGUGGUCAAGUGGGUGCAAAAGCUGCCCGAGGAGCGAGGCGACUACUUCGAGGAGCUCUUUCGCCUGCUCAGGCUGCCUCAAAUCAAGCCCUCCUAUCUGACCCAGGUGGUGAAAAAGGAGCGGAUGGUGGCGUCCAACGAGGCGUGCCUGCGCCUGGUGUCGGAGGCUGUGGAAGGCUACGCCAUCCGUUUCGAGAAUUUCAAAAUGGCCGAGUUGGAGCCUUGGUCUUCAUACGCCGCAACCUUCAAGCCGCGCUUCGGCCAGAACAUGGACGUGAUCAUGGUGGUGGGCGGCGUGUCGGAGGGCGGGGACUACUUGAGCGAGUGCGUGGGCUACUUUGUCUACGAGGACCGCUGGGUCAACCUGCCGCACAUCCACAACCACCUGGACGGCCACGCCAUCGCCACCACCGACUCGCACGUCUACGUUGCCGGCUCCAUGGAGCCGGGAUUCGCCAAGACGGUGGAGCGGUACAACCCCAACUGCAACACCUGGGAGCAGGUGAGCAACCUGACUACCCGCAAGCACUCGUUCGGCCUCACUCGCAUCAAGGACAUCCUGUACAGCAUCGGCGGCCACGGCAACUUCAGCCCGGGCUUCAAGGAUGUCAGUGUGUACGAGCCCGAGCAGGACAAGUGGCACAACUUGGAGUCGGCACCCAAGAUCCUGCGCGACGUCAAGGCGGUCAGCGUGGAGGACCGCUACGUCUACGUGACUGCGCGAACACCUGUGGAUACUGACAAAGACGACGGGCUGAAGACGGUCACCACCCGCUACGACACUGACAGUCACCAGUGGCAGGACGUGGACUCACUGCCGCUGAUUGACAACUACUGCGUGUUCCAAAUGGCGGUGGCCGCCACAAACUUCUACCACACAGCCUCCUGCUGCCCCAAAAGCUACACCGAGCGGGAUGAGGUGGCCCGUCAGAAAAUCGGCGCCCGCGUCCCAGAUGAAAUCUUGGAAAGCCUUCCGCCCGAAGUGACCAGCAUCGAGGGGGCCGCCGUCUGCCACUUCGACGACGACGUCUUCAUCAUCGGCGGCUGGAAGAACAGCGACGACGUGGACAAGCAGUACCGCAAAGAAGCCUAUCGCUACUGCGCCGAGCGCGGGCGCUGGAUGCUUCUGCCACCCAUGCCGCAACCGCGAUGCCGCGCCACAGCCUGCCACGUACGUGUUCCCUACCGCUUCCUGUACGGCUGCCAGCGCUACCCCAUGCCGCAGAACCUGGCCCGCCAGCGGGAUCGCAUGCAGCAGAUGCAGCAGCUGCACCGCCGCACGCUCACCCUGCGCAGGCAGCUGCAGUCGCAGAUCGAGUGCUGA